AUGCCACAACUACAGCCUGACUACUAUGUUUCAGAAGUGGCGUCUUCAAAGUAUACACAACCGCCAGUGAAGCAAACUAGAGGCAACAACAAGGAUGCCACCACUAGCACCACCACCGCGGCUAAUAGCAAAACCUAUCUCAAAUUCAAGGCCAAAUUCUCCAAGUUUAGGCAAAAUGCCAUUAUAAAGCUACGUAUUGCAAACAAGUCUACCUCGCUUACAAAGCUGGUUGGCCCUUCUUCGAAAAGCAAGUCAAGAUCAAGGUCAAGUAGCACUAGCACGAUAUUUGUUGACGAUGUAUCCAAAAGUGAAGAUGAGCUGGGCUCUUGUUGUUACUGUGACAAGAUGCCUGACUGUAUAGUCACCACUACUGAAUGCUCACCUCGAAUAUCGUUGGAUGAAUUACAGGAUUCGUUAGUUGAAAGUGCCGUUGAUAAAGAGGUUCUUGUGCUGGUUGAUGAAGAGAAAAAGGAAGUCACAAUCGAUAAAGAUGAUGGUGUCUCUACUGUUCCUUCUUGUCCACCGCCUCAAUAUAAAGCAGUGGAAGUAGUCGCAAGGGAUGGAUUUGAGAGUACUACUUCUGUUAAAUCAAGGAUACGUUUGCAUAAGCCUUCAUCAGUGUCAAAUCUUCCCAUAAAGCCAACGCAGAUCAAGUUUAAAUCACAAUUAAACCAAUAUCUCGCCACACUAGAGAAAAAAGAGCCAACUAAAUCUACAUUAACUUCACCAACUACACCAACAUCACCCCCAACCCCAACCUCAAUACAAUUUGAGCCAUACUUGAGUUUAAAACAAUAUAAUAAAACCACAGAUCAGCAAUAUAGUCAAUACAAACUCAUCAACAAAAACGAAGCAGAAUACCACUGUGUUGAUUAUUAUUGGCUUUAUUUGGAUAUACGACUGAAUAGUCAAUUGGUGUCGUCGUUGUAUAUGAGUUGGUAUAGUUGGAUGAGUGGGAUGAUUACGUUUAUGAUUGUUUAUGCAUUGUAUGUAUGUUUGAGUUGA